UUAUCUAUAUAUAAUAUGGAAAGUAGAGUCACAUAGCACUAAAAAAGAAAACACAGAUACGAACAGAGAAAAGAUAGAGAGAGAGAGAGAGAGAGAGAUUCUAUGGCUGGUAGGAGAAUAUCAUGGCUGCUCUCUCGUUCUUUCAUUUCUGGUUCUGGUUCUGCUCUGUUUUCACGAGGGAGUAAUUCUAGUCUUGCCAGAGGAAUCAGUAGAUAUAGUACUGCUGCUGCUGUUGAAGAGCCAAUAGUUCCAUCUGUCUCUGUUAGUCAUACUCAACUUUUAAUUAAUGGGCAGUUUGUCGAUGCCGCUUCAGGGAAGACUUUUCCAACAUUGGAUCCUAGGACAGGUGAAGUGAUUGCCCAUGUUGCUGAAGGUGAUGUUGAAGACAUAAAUAGAGCAGUGUCUGCUGCUCGCAAGGCAUUCGAUGAAGGGCCAUGGCCAAAGAUGACCGCUUAUGAAAGGUCAAGAAUAAUGUUGCGAUUCGCUGAUUUGCUUGAAAUGCAUAAUGAUGAAAUUGCUGCACUUGAGACUUGGGAUAAUGGGAAACCGUAUGAACAGGCUGCUAAAGCUGAAAUACCUAUGGUUGCACGCCUAUUUCGAUACUAUGCUGGUUGGGCAGAUAAGAUCCACGGUCUUACAGUUCCAGCUGAUGGGCAGCAUCAUGUGCAAACAUUGCACGAACCGAUUGGUGUUGCAGGUCAGAUUAUUCCAUGGAAUUUCCCUCUUCUGAUGUAUGCUUGGAAAGUUGGACCGGCAUUGGCAUGUGGCAAUACGGUUGUUAUUAAGACAGCAGAGCAGACACCAUUGUCCGCUUUUUAUGUAUCUAAGCUAUUUCAUGAGGCUGGACUUCCAGAAGGUGUUUUGAAUGUGGUUUCUGGUUUUGGCCCAACUGCUGGUGCUGCUCUUGCGAGCCAUAUGAAUGUGGAUAAGCUUGCUUUCACCGGAUCAACAGAUACAGGAAAAGUUGUUCUUGAGUUAGCAGCAAGAAGCAAUCUUAAGCCAGUAACUUUGGAACUUGGAGGGAAAUCGCCUUUUAUUGUUUGCGAGGAUGCUGAUGUUGACCAGGCUGUUGAGCUUGCUCACUUUGCUUUAUUCUUUAAUCAGGGUCAAUGCUGCUGUGCUGGUUCCCGCACAUAUGUUCAUGAGCGUAUAUAUGAUGAAUUCAUAGAAAAAGCAAAGGCAAGGGCUAUAAAACGGGUUGUUGGUGAUCCUUUCAGAGGAGGUAUUGAACAAGGUCCUCAGGUUGAUUCAGAACAAUUUGAGAAGAUACUAAGGUACAUAAGGUCUGGCAUUGAAAGUGGAGCUACACUUGAAGCUGGAGGAGAUAGAUUUGGUACCAAGGGCUAUUAUAUCCAGCCCACAGUUUUCUCAAAUGUUAAGGAUGAUAUGCUUAUAGCGAAAGAUGAGAUAUUCGGUCCAGUGCAGUCCAUCUUGAAAUUCAAGGAUCUUGGAGAAGUGAUACACAGGGCGAAUAGCACUCGCUACGGGCUGGCUGCGGGAGUGUUUACACAGAACAUAGACACAGCUAACAUCCUGACUCGUGCCUUGCGAGUUGGAACAGUAUGGAUUAAUUGCUUUGAUGUGUUCGACGCUGCGAUUCCUUUUGGUGGAUAUAAGAUGAGUGGACAUGGAAGAGAGAAGGGUAUUUACAGUCUUAGCAAUUACUUGCAAGUGAAGGCAGUGGUUACUCCUUUGAAAAAUCCAGCAUGGCUAUAAACUAUAUAGUACAUACCUCCAAAUUGAGUCCACACUUCAGGUUUUUUUAUUGCCAUGUAACUGAAAAUAAAAGGGUAGACUGAUAAAAUAUAAGACCUCCAUUGAUGGGGGGUAUUGAUCUUGAUAGUGAAGGAGGAGGUGAAGAUGAUGAAGAUAAAAAGGUCUGUUUGUUGAGGACAUUUGAGGCUUUUGUCUUUUCUUGUAUUUAUAUCUGGUCGAAUUAAUUUGUCAGUGAUACGUUGCUAUUUCUCUUCUGUGA